GGGAUGGUAGAGUUUUGAGCUGCGGCGAUUGAAACGAAUUGAAUCAAGCCUUGAUUGUUGCAUGGGAAUGCAGGAAGGAAAGUGCAAAGCGAAUAUCAAAAUAAACUUUAAUGCCUUCGUACACCAGACAGAUGAUUCCUCAAAACCAGUCAGUCAGAUGAUUGCUUACCCUGCAGAGAGGCUAAGAUCAGUGAUACAAUUGUGUAUACUUGUGUGUAUGUGUGUGUGUGAAGAAUCCACACCAGAAGUUGCCUUAGACAGUACUGACUGUAGGCCUAUUCAAACAGUUGCCUGAAUAAGUUUGGAUGAAUCAAAAUCGUAUAAACUGGAGGACGAGGUUUAAAUCCUUUCUGAACUUGCUGCCUUCGCUGAUCUUUGGUCCUAAAGUACCAUGUGCGCCCAUCAACUCUAGCUACCGCGAAUGUUGGAUCCGCCAUCGUCCAAUUGUUCCGUACAAUAAGCAGUGUCCGAAUUCGCUCACGGCCUCUCUCCAUUGCCAGUUCAUUAUCCUGGUCUUAAUGACUGACGCCUCCAUGUCAUCUGGCCACCUCAAUUUAAAUCUACUACGCCCCUCUACAAUGGCGGAUUUAACGGUACGCGGACUGAGUGGCCGCUGGAGGCGCCGCGAAUGGUGAAGGAUGGAAUUCCGAGGGUGAAGGAUGGAAUUCCGUUCGUUGGCUUACCGUAUCAAACAACAGGCUUAUCGCUUAGUCUGCCGAAAACCUCGAGCUAUUCAAUGUAUCUGGCAACCAAUUAACUGAGAUUGAUGCGGUCUUCAUACAGAAGCUCAAGUCAUCCACCCUGCUUAACAUCACCUUGUCGUCAAAUCCUUGUUAUUGUGUAAAUCCACAGCUUACGUUUGCCGUCGAAAACGCAGCACGCAUUACCGAUUACGUUGCCCUUCAGUGCAUUGACGGACAACCGAUAAACUCAAAGUGUGAUCAAAGUGUGGCUCUUCAAGCAUAACUUGCUACAGUGGUUUGCCACGGAGGAACAAAUUGAUAUGAAUAAGAGGUACGACGCAUUCAUCUCAUAUGCACAUAAGGAUGAGGAGUUCGUCACAAAGGAACUGUUGCCGAGGUUUGAGAGCGAAGAGCUCAACUUCAAAAUCUGCUGGCACGUGCGUGACUUUAUGCCGGGGGAGAUGAUCGCCAACGAGACUACGAAAGCUGUUGAAGAAUCGCGACGCACCAUUAUCAUCCUCUCACUCAAUUAUCUGGAGUCCGUUUGGGGUCAAAUAGAGUUGAGCACCGCGUUCUUACAGUCGAUGGCGGACAAGUGCAACCGCGUCAUUCCCAUCAUUUAUCAAGAUAUUGGCGAUAUCGAACAACUCGAUCCACAGCUCCAGGCGUACCUCAAGACCAACACGUACGUCCGCUGGGACGAUCCGUGGUUCUGGGAGAAGUUGCACUACGCCAUGCCUCAUAAGCGUCGAUUGAAGGAUGUGCAGGGACCCGACAACAUGCGCAUGGAAUCCGUGGACAAACGAAAUCCACUAAAACACAAACCACCACGACACUGCCCACCAACGUGGUUAAGAAAAACAAUGCCAACGGUGUAGAGACGGGCAUUUCGGAUCUUUAAAAUGAUCGAGAAUGAACUGGGCAGAUCAUCACUGUUCUUUCGUUCUUUUACAAAUAGCAAUACUUACUACCACCUCUCUGCGGAUUAUCAGGGACCUAGGCGGUUGGAAGAGUUGAGGCCCCCUGUGUUGAGGUGUGGCGGGGAGGGGUGCUCAGGAUUCGUCGAGCCCUUCUCGAUAAUUUGCCAAUAGUUACAUACUCGACAAACGAUCCCUAGAACCUGCCUAGUCCGUCCACCGUUAGAUCCACCACUGCAUAUAGUGUUUGUUAGUGAUACUACAGAUCAGGUUACCUUACGCCUGAACAACAAACCAAUAUAGACAAUCUAUUAUUUGACGUUAGAACGCAUCGAGCUUAAAAUCGCCCAUUCCUUGUUUUACAUAUUUUUACGUCCAUAAGGUGAUAUUGCGAGAGGUGGACAAUACGCACACGAACAUAAAUACUCUUGUAUUAAUUAUAAACUUAACGGAUGCUUUAUUUCUAACAUGUAUACGCCGCGCUGCCCCGAUGCGAAGUGUCUUGUGCUCUUCGCGCAGCAGCCGAACGAUCCACCCCGACCGAUCGCUCUAUGCGCUCACGGCUCGUCAACUGCAGUAAGAGCGGCUUACUGCAGAGAGAGAGAGCACGCGAGCAACUGGCUGCAUUCUUUCAUCUAACACAUAUAAAUUUUCGAAAGUUUUUAUUUCUAUUUUUCUCAUAACAUAGACGAGCACGAAUAAGAUACACAACGGCAGUGGCGUCUAGCUUGUGGUCUACGGACCACGUCUAAUCCGUGACGUUAAUAGACGAGGUCAGUUCUUUUAUCUUAAAUGAUAUCUUACAGGGUUUUCUGAUAGAACUCAAGACCGCAGGACACUUUAAUGAAUCUGCGGGAGUCAAUCACAAGACUGCGGAACGGUACUUGAAAACGUUGACGAUACCGGGAUCUGCGGAUUUGUAUCAUAAGACUGCGGCACACUAUAGCACACCAGGGACAUAUAUCUUGACAGCCUAAAUUUCGCAACCAACAUAAAAACAUAAACCAACAUAAUCGACAUAAUCAAUAACUGACGAAAUACUAAAGCAAAUUUCGUGCUACAUGUACGUAGAGAAUGGUCAUGGAUAACACAUAAAGCACCAAGUGGUUUCAAACGUCUGAUCAUCAGCAUUCAAUUUAUCGUGAUCAAGCUAACAAGCAAAUAUGUAAGUGAAUAUCGUGAACAAAAUGUUUAAAAGUUUGCAGAAAGUUAAGUCCAGAACUAAACCAAAAAUGUAUGCAAAGAGUUGUACGCUGUACACAUAACCCAAGUGCAACAAGAAGGACCCAAUGCAGAACGUUCACACCUGGAAAGUGUGAUAAAGUUUUUUUUAUAUACACAGCCUGUAAAAUAUUAAGUCGACAAGUUAUGCUGACCUCACUGUCCAAUAAGGAUUGACAGGCGAGAAUGGUUGAAGUCCCAAACGAAUCUCUCGAUCGAAAGCGGCCGAUCAAGCAGUGCAGAUCUACGUAUAUUCAAAAGCGAAAAUUGUGAUCUUAACUUCUAGCUUUUCAGUACUUUAAAGUUGAAGUUCUCAUUAGCUCAUGCUGUGAAUUAGCAGCAUUUGAGUCGUUUUCAAUCAACUGUUGUUGUACCACUCUUCUGAGGUUCUUUUGAAGACCCUUUCAAUGCCAUUUUCAUUAUUCUGGUAUCCUAACCAAAACUAUUACCAAAACGGGAGAGUGAACGAUGUCAAUACCGACUACUUGGUAUAUAGCAACUAAAGUUUUGUUGGUAUCUUGGUAUCUAGCAACUAAACUUUGCUUUAAAGCAAUAUUUGUUCAAUUUUCAACAACCACUUACAUUUUUGAUCAGAUUAUCUUGUAACCGCUCUUCUGUAGUUUAGCUUUAGCUAGUUUUGCUGAAGUGCGCUCUGUUUCAUUUUUAACUGAUCGGAUAAAACGACGCACUUGUGUAACUUUUUGAUCUUUCAAAUCGUCAAGGACUUCUUCAUCCGUCAUGUUUUUAUGAUCAAAAGAGAAUAUCACGCAUCGGACAGUGUUAAAAGUAGCGUGGGGUGUGAUGAUGAUAGGUGUUUCACUGAAAUGUUUUGUAAGAAUUUGUAAUUUUUUUUGUAAAGAGUCAUAGAUCUGGUUUCUAAAAGGUAUUUGGAACCGUUAUUUAUAAGGUUACCUUCUACCGAUCGUCCAACAAACUGUUGUAGACGUUUUCCGACGAUGAACGGGUCUGACAGCGGCUUUCCUUAUUCAGGUGUCAACACCAGAUAUAUCAACUCUCCUUUAUAGACAUUGAUUCAGUCCGGGUAAGGCCUAGCUCAGGAAUUCACACCGGGAGGGGGAUUAUCUAGCACUUGAAAAACAGUCGACAAUUUAAAACGACUUGACUUUGAUUCCUUGAUGGUUGAAUAUUGGAAGAUUCUUUUGGUAAAUAUAUUGCCUACUUUAUACGGCUUUGGCUAAAUUGCCUCACCUGUACGCUUUUCCUGCGUUCCAUGCGUCCAAACUAAUUGUAGCGUUUUUCACCCUGUAGUAACAGUGAGUCUGCCACAUCUGAAUAUAACAGAGUAAGGGUUGAACCCGGAUCUUAAAAUACAUGCCUUGUGACGGAUUGCUGAUAAACAAUCAGCGUCUUUCAUAAACUCGAUCUAAUUCCGGAACAAUCGUAGCGAUUGUCAAAAUUACAUAAAAUGGUGGUUUCAUUUGGUGUUUUUUGAUCAUUUUGCCAUAUUGUACGGAACACUGAGGAGGAUACUCAUGAAAUAAAUUAGAGCAGCCGUUGUAUCUCAUCGUUCCUCUACGAUCGAGUUUGGGAAAGUGGCUGAAUGAGUGUUAUCAGUAACAUAUAAAUAAUCAGUGAAACCGAAACUACUUAAUAUGACGUGAAUGAUACCGGCUCUGCGCCAUGAUGUAUGUUUAAAACUUCUUGUCUUACACCUUCGCUUGGAGGCGUGUUAUCGGAUAGAUUGGUGUCAACGUGUUGCAUUCUAUGAUUCUUCCUUACGCAACCUUUAUUUCCGCAUACUCGUGCUGUUCGGCUCUCAGUUGUCUUGGGGGUAUUUGAACUCCAAAUUUCCUCCUUUGAGUAUGCCAAACCCAGUAACGAUGAAUUGUAUCUGUACCAAACCAUAUUUACUUCAUUCACACUGUUUUUAUAAAGUCCAUUAAGAUUUGAAUCGUGACAUCCUUUCAAUCGCCAUGCUCUCUUGCACAUGGCACAAAUUUGGCUUGACAAAAUAUCAUUGUUCCGAUCCUUGGUCGAAAACUUCCUACCCGCUUGGUAAAACAAACUACUAGGCAACGUUUAUCGUUAGCCCUGUUUGGCCGUUCCUUACGUCCACUCGUAUGUGGUACGAGUUUAGGUGAUCCCUUUCGAUGAAGGAUUUUGCUGGUUCUAGGAGAUAAUGUUUUUUUGUAUGUUCCCCGGAUUAUGCACUUGAAGACUCCCUCUAUCGGAAUGCUCUUGUGCGUGAGUUGUGUUCAUCAUACCACCGGAGGUGUUCCCUUGUAAUGAUGUUUUGACAGGAGCUUCUUACUCGAGGCGGAAUUUGCAGUGAUGACAAGUCCACUAUUUAUUUCGGAUGAAUCUGGGAUGAUCUCCGAUGUUUGAUGAAUCAGCGAUCUCGGUUGGCCGAGAUGGGCGGAUUGCACUAUUUGUAGGACUGUCCAUUCUUCCGCUAUCUCUUAAUGCGGGUGUCGAUGCUCGAUUUGUAUCGUAGAUCGGGUUAAAUCAGCUUAUAUCUGGAUGUAGCUAUUUCUUCGAAGUCGGUUUUAUUUAUCCUCGAGGACAUGGUUGUUCCUCGAGGACAACAGUCCGUAGUAACGUCGAGUCUGACUCUGAUGUGUACCGGAAAAAAUAGUAUUUACCCAUCACUACUUCCAUCAUUUAUCAUUUGUCAUUUGACAAACCCUAAGCCGAUUAGACUAAGAAUCGCCUCUAAAUUAGCAAACGUAUUAUCGAGGCAAGUGCUAGCCGUAGUCUACACUCCCUGAAACCUUUUAUGUAGCACAUUAAUUUUGAUGUAACCGAUGCAAACCCAAUACCCUCUGUGUUCAUAAUUCAGCAAUUUAGCACGGCACUUUGAAUUAAAAAAAAGUUUCAUAGCAUUAAAAUUCAACAAUCGAGUUUAACGGAUAACUAAAAAGCCGAAACCAUAGACUGGACACCAGUUUGAGUUUAAAAAAAAUCAAAUGAUAGCAUCCUAAUGUUUACCUAACUUGUGUAACCGCAGUACCUAAGCACUAACAGAACGGCAAUACAAGCAUAAAUACCCAAUAAAUCCGACUAUCCAUUUAGUACGGAAA